AGGUUCAAUCAGGAGGAGGCCAGCACAACACGGCCUCCACGUCCAGCCCAGCCGCGUCUCCACCCAGUCUCUUCCACCUCCUAGAGCCCCUGCAGCCCACUUCUACCAGUCUCCUCCAGCCCAGCCCACUUCUACCAGUCUCCUCCAGCCCAGACCACAUGUACCAGUCUCCUCCAGCCCAGCCCACAUGUACCAGUCUCCUCCAGCCCAGCCCACUCCUACCAGUCUCCUCCAGCCCAGCCCACUUCUACCAGUCUCCUCCAGCCCAGCCCACUUCUACCAGUCUCCUCCAGCCCAACCCACUUCUACCAGUCUCCUCCAGCCCAGCACACAUGUACCAGUCUCCUCCAGCCCAGCCCACUUCUACCAUUCUCCUCCAGCCCAGCCCACUUCUACCAUUCUCCUCCAGCCCAGCCCACAUCUACCAGUCUCCUCCAGCCCAGCCCACAUCUACCAGUCUCCUCCAGCCCAGCCCACAUCUACCAGUCUCCUCCAGCCCAGCCCACUUCUAUCAGUCUCCUCCAGCCCCGUGACGCCCCCCCGUAAGACUCGAGGGUUGCCCUGCUCCUGGUCCGUGAGCUGCCUUGUCAAGUCCACAGACUUGACAAGAACCGGGCAGCGACUACGAAGACUUUACAAACCCUGAAUUGGCAGCCUGGCCACAACAUGUCCUUGCGACAAGACCUCGUCCCCUCUGACUGGAAAAUGGAUUGCGUAACACCGAUUUUUA